AUGCAGCGUUACGCAGAUGUGGACGUUAAUAAGGAUCCAAUCAUCUUCCUCCCAUGUGGUCACUUCUACACGCGGUCUACUAUGGAUGGUAUCAUGGAUUUACGACAGUACUACGUGGUUGGUCCUGAAGGAGAGACCCUGCUCCAACCGAAACCAGUCAGUGAAGUGGCCGCUAGUCCAAUCCAACCGUAUUGCCCGGGAUGCCGACGGCCCUUGAGGGACAUCCAUCGCUACAACCGAAUUGUCAAACAUGCAUUGAUUGACGAGUCCACCAAACGAUUUGUUUCCAAGGCGCACCGGGAUUAUACAACGCUAUACGAGGCUGUACAACUGUACGAAGACCAAUUGGAGAGCGCACGGAACGAGUUUGUCAGCAAAUGGCGAGCGCAAAACGUUGAAAAGGGCUUGUUAUCCGCUGAAAUCAAAGCUGCGAUAGUAGCCUACGAGGCCAACGCCACAAAGCUUCAAGCAAGGAUAAGGAAGUUUGUUAAGGGCGUCAGCAAGAUAGAGCAACCUUUUGCCCGAGUGAAUGCGCUUCUAGCCUCGGCCUUAGCCCGCACUGAUGCCCUCUCCGGGGAUUUGACCCCCUUUGAGGAAAUGGCAGUCCUCACCGGAUUCCAGCUGCGUGGCGACUGCCUUGACCUGCAGUUCAACUGGGCUCUUUUGUCUGACUAUGCCAACAUCCAGCAAGAUGGCACCGUCUCCUCGCAAAUCCGGGUUACAUUUUGCGACAAGAUCAACAGCCGCCUACCUCAGCUUCUGACGAGAUGUCAUACUGCCUUGGCCGAUGCUAUCAAAGGCAAGUUCAUUGCAGAACAGCUGCAGGCCACGAUAUAUCAUACACUGUUCUCUCAAUUAGCUCAUACCAGUGCGGCUGCUCGAGCGAACCCCACCAAGCCUCCCACUACAGCCUUGGGGCAAGACAGAAUAAAGGAUACCUUGGAAGAAUGCGAAUUGCUCUUUAGAUGUCACAAGAGUAUACUGGGCCCCUACUGGAAGCUCAUCAGCGACGCGGCAAGAUACUGCUGUGGAGGAGCAUUUUACGAUCCUGUGACUGCCAAUGAAAAGCAGCAAAUCUACCGGGCUAUGGCCGCCCAGUUCACGGGUACUGGUCACUGGUACUAUUGCAAAAACCGUCAUCCGUUUACUGUCGGCGAGUGUGGGCUGCCUAUGGAGCAAGCCCAGUGUCCGCAGUGCGGGGAGAGUGUCGGGGGUCAGAGCCAUGAGGCGGCAGCAGGGGUGCAUAGGGCUCAGGAUUUCGAAGCUCAGUUUGGGGGUGUUUCGGGAUAG